CGCCGCGGUAGGGCCGGAAGGAGCGCGGCGGCGGCCUCGGCGUCAGCGGCGGAGCCGUAGGCUGCUGCCGUGUGUGAAUAAAAGCCGCCGCAGCAGAGUACGCCGAGCCCACCUCGCGAGCCGAGGACUUGAGUGACAAAUCCUUUGGAGCAAUUGGUCACCAUGCUUCGAUAUUAGCAGGCACAUAGGUGUACGUCUGCAUUUGAAAAUGGCAGAGGGCAACAGCAAUGAAGAGGUAAUUCACUUGAACAGCUUUCACUGCCACCGGGGUCAAGACUGGAUCAGUCUCAGAGAUGGACCCAUCACCAUAUCUGACUCUUCUGAUGAGGAAGGGAUUCCGAUGCUGGUCACCCCAGCCCCUCAGCAACAGGAAGAAGAGGACUUGGAUGAUGUCAUCCUGACGGAAACAAAUAAACCUCAAACAUCACGACCCAAUCUCAUCAAACCAGCUGCCCAGUGGCAAGAUCUGAAAAGAUUGGGAGAAGAAAGGCCUAAAAAGUCUAGAGCAGCAAUUGAAUCAGAUAUGAACAGCUAUUUUUCAGUGUGUAACAACCCAUUGUUUAAUUCUGGGGCACAGGAUGAUUCUGAGGAUGACUACGGUGAGUUUCUGGAUCUUGGGCCUCCUGGAGUCUCUGAAUUCAUUAAGCCAAGUAGCCAUAGAGGCAGAGAACCCCAACCUGGACCAAGUCAUAGCCAACCAGCAAAUGACAUUGUCAACCCUGGAUCAGAGAAAAAAGUCAUCUUGGAAGACAGUAGCCUUCUUUACUCAGAAAGUGACCCCCUAAACCAGUCAUCUGAAGACUCAGAGACAGAGCUUGGAGAAUCAGCUGCAGCAGUAGAUGAUCGUGCCAUCGAGGAAGACUGCUGGUUAGACCAUCCUUACUUCCAGCCUCUAAACCAAGAGACCCGUGAGAGAACAAGCCAGGUUGUUCAUCGAGAGCGGCGUCCUGAAGCAGAACUGGGCCCACUGUUAUAUCAGCAUGAACCCCCAGCUCCUGCUUUCCCAAGGCCAGCUUUUCCAAGGCCAGAGCCCCAGCAGGAUGGGAUUCCAGGCCCCUCUUCCCCUCAGCCUGCCCAUCCUUUAGGAGAACUUGAAGACCAACAGCUAGCAAUAGAUGAUGAUGAACCAGGGCCAGCCUUUCCACUGCAAGGAUCUCAGGAGCCCAAUUUGGAAAACAUUUGGGGGCAAGGAGCUGCUGAAGUAGAUCAAGAACUCGUUGCACUAUUAGUGAAAGAAACGGAAGCAAGAUUCCCAGAUGUAGCAAAUGGAUAUAUUGAGGAAAUCAUUCAUUUGAAGAAUUAUUAUGAUUUGAAUGUACUUUGUAAUUUUCUUCUGGAGAACCCAGAUUACCCAAAGAGAGAAGAUAGAGUCCUUAUAAACCCCAGCAGCAGCCUGCUUGCCAGCCAAGAUGAGACAAAGUUGCCUAAGAUAGACUUUUUUGACUAUUCUAAAUUGACUCCUCUUGACCAGCGCUGCUUCAUCCAAGCUGCUGACCUCCUGAUGGCCGACUUCAAAAUGCUCAGCAGUCAGGACAUCAAGUGGGCCCUGCAUGAGCUCAAAGGACACUAUGCAAUCACCCGAAAGGCCUUUUCUGAUGCCAUUAAAAAGUGGCAGGAGCUAUCGCCAGAAACCAGUGGAAAAAGAAAAAAGAGAAAAGAAAUGAAUCAAUAUUCUUACAUAGAUUUCAAAUUUGAACAAGGUGAUAGAAAAAUAGAAAAAAGGAUGUUCUUUCUGGAAAAUAAACGGCGACAUUGUAGAUCAUAUGACCGACGUGCCCUUCUUCCAGCCGUGCAACAAGAGCAGGAAUUCUAUGAGCAGAAAAUCAAAGAGAUGGCAGAGCAUGAAGACUUUUUGCUUGCCUUGCAGAUGAAUGAAGAACAAUAUCAAAAGGAUGGUCAACUGAUCGAGUGCCGCUGCUGCUAUGGGGAGUUUCCAUUUGAGGAGCUGACGCAGUGUGCAGACGCUCACUUGUUCUGCAAAGAGUGUCUCAUCAGAUACGCUCAAGAGGCAGUCUUUGGGUCUGGAAAGUCCGAGCUCAGCUGCAUGGAAGGGAGCUGCACGUGCUCCUUCCCGACCAGUGAACUGGAGAAGGUGCUUCCCCAGACCAUCCUGUAUAAAUACUACGAGCGGAAAGCGGAAGAAGAGGUUGCCGCAGCCUACGCUGAUGAGCUCGUCAGGUGUCCCUCCUGUAGCUUUCCUGCACUGUUGGACAGUGAUGUGAAGAGGUUCAGCUGUCCCAAUCCUCGCUGCCGAAAGAUCAGCUUAAUUCCCCUAACUCUGACGGGCACACAGAGAAUUGCGCCUUUCCCCUUUUGCGAAGUGUUUACGCAGAUGUUGGGAGGCCUGACAGGAAUGCAAACAAGUGAAGGCCGCGUGGUAUUACCACAGGGCCGUGGGUAUCUGGGUGUCUUCUUGGAGAAUGCAUGUAUCUGGGGUUAGUGGCUGCUUCCCUGUCCCCUGUGCCUCACAGGGGAGAGAGGCCCGUUCUGCACUGGGCGCAAUAAGCCACAGCCCCUCUUUGGUGAUGUGUCCUGCUCCCUGCCCAGCUCCAAUUCAGUGGCCUUGUCGUGUAAGAAAAUCAUACCUGUUCUGGGAUGCAUUCUGAUUGCGUGUUGGAACAGUGUUUUCUGGGUCACCUCUGUUAGGCCUUCCAGUGGAACCCACGCAACCUCCUUUUUACACCUUGUUUUGUAAAAAGUGCUUUUUCAUGCAACUAAAGGCUGACGCUGUUCAUAAAGAAACACAUGGGUUCCCAGGCCAGGCAAGGGGGCCUGCAUCUGGGAACAGCCUGGCUGGGCAUUGACUUUUCCCUCAUGAGUGCCUGGCAUGAGCCCGUCCAUCCAAAGGUGGCUGAGGGGAGAACACUAUUAUGUUGCUGCCAAAACCACAACAAAUGACAGCUUUCUGUUCUGUCAUCUCUCUCGGCUCCACCGCUGGGCAUGCAAUUCAUUUUUCUACCAUAAAAGGGCAGCAAGACUUGUCUGUAGCUGUGGGCCUUCUGCACUGCGGUGAGAAAGCAGAGAGAAAGGGAGAGCUGUGCUCUCAGUCGUGAUGACAGCAGCCCCACUCUGAGCCUCCGUUGCUUGCUGUAGCCUCUGCUUCGGGGCAGCGACAUCAGUAGGAAAACAGGGAGUAGGAGGCAGUGUGGAGCCAUCAAAUUGGGGACGCUGAGGUCAGAACAGAAUUGUGUCUCAUUCACAUCUGAUGGUCAUCUGGGGGCAGGGGGUGUGCGAAUGGGUAGCACAAACCCCAUUACGUGGAACUGCACUGAGCGUGCCCAAGUGACUUCAGUUGGCAGCAGUUGGUUCUCUUGAUUUGUAAUUGUAGAUGUUAGAUUUAUUGGGGGGAGGUGGGGGGAGACCUGGGAGAUCAUAUAACCCAGACACCGCAGUUUUGUUGAUGCAGAAAGACCUUGGAGAAGUUAAGUGCCAAGUUCAUACCACUUGGGGAAAUCCUUGAACUUCAGUCUUUUGGUUCUGGAUGGACUUUGGGUCCCGGCCCAACUCUGUAACCUGUACAUGCCCCAGUGAUCCAUUAGUGGACAGUUUGACUCCACUGAAGGUGAGCCGUAGAAACCUCUGCUGACGUUAGUACAGUUGUUAAUUGGUGGGUUUACAUGGUAGUCAACCAGGGUCUUCUGAAAAGUAUAUAGUCUUUGUAGGGCUACUUGUAAAAUUCAUGGCCCUUUAGGUGAUUAUAAAUAAAUGAUGUUCCCCAGAAUCAGUACAGGAGUAUGCAGAAAGCAAACACUUAGCUGUUUUACCAGAGCGCUUUGGAGACAGUGGCUAAGUAGUUCCUGUCUCCUGCAACUAGAGGGGUUCUGGGAUAUCAGUGCAGCCCAGAUUGACCAACCGCAAAGAGAAGGCUGCUUUAGCUGGCCGUGUGUUCUGGCAGGGAGCCCUGUGUUAAGAACAUGGCCCUGGCAUGGACCUCCAGCUCUGAGACCUUGGGUGGAGCAGGCUUUCAGAUUGAGCCCAAAGUGGUGCCCACAGCUUCUUGUCUAAAGUUACACAUUGAAUUGUGUCCCCCGAAAAUAGGUGUUGUAAAUCCUCAUCCCUAUACUUGUGGUUGUAGUCCCAUUUGGGAAUUGGUUAAAUUAAUGAGACCAUAUUAGUGUAGGGUGUGUCUUAAGUUAGUGUCUUUUGAGAUAAAAAAAAGAGCAGACUGAACAAGCAGUAAAGCAAGCAAGUAGAGAUGGGGGAAGAUAAAUGCCACGCUACGUGAGAUUUCCAAGGAACCGAGAAGGUGAAAAGUGACAAGGAUCUUUCCUUGAGAGCCCACAGAGAGAAAAAGCCUUCCCCUAGAGCUGGCUCCCUGAAUUCAGCCUUAUAGCAUCCUAAACUGUGAGAAAAUUAAUUCCUGUUUAGGUCACCCACUUGAGGUAUUUCUGUAAUAGCAGCACUAGGUAACUAAGACUCUGGCUUCCUUGAAGUUUUUUCUUAUAAAGAACUGAGAAUUCCUUCAUUGUUGAAACUCAGGUUAGCUCUACCUGCAUGUCUGAUUUCAUAAUGGAUGCUGGAACUGAACCGGGCACAUUCCUGAGGGAAUCGAGUGUGUCCAGGAAUCUUGCUGAUCUGGGAAUUUGGGAGGGAAGCAAGGAUUUUCAAGGUUACGUUUCAUUGCCCAGAUAGUGCUGGUGGUCAGAAUGGACUCUGGGCGCAUUGGUUCGGAAUCAAAAGUUAACUCAGAAUUCAUUUCUGAAAGAGAGUAUCAUCGUUUAGAAAUUACUGAAAGCAGCACGGUGUGAAUUACUAAAGUACCCCCUCCCUAGACCUUGUUAUGAAGCUGUAGGAUUAGUUUAAAACCUCAACAUCCUGGCAGAUGAAGCAGUUGGGCAGGCAGUCUCAAAAUGGAAAGUUUACACACAACUCUUAUUUUUUUUUGUUUGUUUUCCAAGACCUUUCUAAAAAAUUUUUUUUCUUUAUAGUGUAAAACAGUGCUUUAGCCUAAGAAAGAUCUGACUGGUACAUUUUCCCCUGGUCCUUCCCAAAACAUUCACCGUCCUUGAAAUAAACAGAACAAUGCCCAGAAUUGUCCAUCUCCACUCUGCACUCCACAUGCUCUUCCCUGUGGAUGCCGUUGCAUUCUGUGAGCAGCAGCAGGUGAAUUUUGUCUCAUAGGACAAUUGUUCAUCAUCAUUAAGCUUUCUCAAACAGAUAGCCUCUCCUCCCUGAACCAAGAAUCUCUCCCACAUCGUCCGGCACUGUCUGCGCAUGCCUAGGCCUCCUGGCUGUGUGGUGACCAGCUUAGAGCCCUCAGCCUGCCUGCUUCCUAAUUUGGUCACAGUAUGCUUCAGCAAUCUUGCCUUAGUUUAGAAAAGCACAGACACAGGGAGUAGCUUUGAUAGAGCAAAGGGGAAUUUCCUUUUAUCAAAAGACAUACUGUUCGCCUCUUUACUUCCUCCAAAAAGAGGAAGUGACACUUUGGGGGCUUAGAGCUCACUCUGAAGUUCCUUCUUUAAGCCUGGGUGCUUCGUGCUGCCUUCUUCCUUGCUGGUUCCUGCUGGUUCCUUCCUCAUCCUGCUUAAAGCCCCUCAACAUUUCAGGAGUUCAGUUUUAUUCUUAAAGAUACCCAUUUUCAACUUAAAUGGUCAUCAUCAAGGAGCAGGUUAAAUACAGUUUGGUACAUCUAUACAGUGGCAUAUACCAGGGCUCAGCAAAAAGUUUUUUCUAUAAAGGGGAAGAUAGUAAAUAUUUGAGGCUUUGUGGGCUACACAGUCUCUGUCACAACUCAGCUCUGCCUGUGUAGUGUGAGAGUAACUAUAAACAAACGAAUGUGGCUGUGUUCCAGUAAAAUUACAUUUACAGAAGAUAGGUGGUGGGCCAGAUUUGGCCUGUGAACUGUGGUUUGCUGACCUCUGGCAUAAGCCAUAGAAUGAAAAAGAAUGACAUGGGUCCAGUUGUGGUAUUAUGGAGCCGUGCCCAAGAUACAUGGUAUGAAAAAGGCAAGAUGUGGAACUGUGAGUAUAGUACGCUUACAUCUGGGCAUUAGGGGGACGAGAAGGUUCUGUAUGUUUACAUAUACAUAAAAUACAUUUAGAGGGAUAGAUAGGAAACUGGGAGCAGUUACUUGCGUUUGGGGAGGAUCACUAAGGGUCAGAAGGAGGAAGAGUGUCUUACUCGUCCAGUCAAAAAAGUAACCACACCUGUUUUUGUCAACCCAGUCAGCGCUCUGAAGUUUUAAGCAAAGAAUCUUAUUUUGUUUUGUUUGUUUCAAGAGAACUUGAAAAGAAAGAAAAGUAAUUUUUCAAAUAUGUUUCUGUAUUUUCAAACUCGUACGUAUUUCUCCUGGUUCCCUGUGGGGCUUGUUUUGUUGUUGUUGUUGUUGUUGUUGUGUGCUGUGGAGUCAAUUCUGACUCAGGGCAACCCCAUGUGACAGAGUAGACCUGCCCCACUGGGCUUCCUAGGCUAUAAUCCUUACAAGAGCAGGACUUUUCUCCUGUGGAGCCACUGGUAGGCUUAAACCACUGACCUUUUGGUUAACAGCUGAGCGUUUCACCAUGUACCACCAGGGCUCCUGGGACUUAUUUUACAGCCCUAAAAAGAAGUAUUUUACUUUGUCUUGGGUUGUAGAUGAGGUCACAGGUUUUGUGCUGAGUGGAAAGCACUGGAACUCUGCAGACCUGCCUCUCUCCACUUGCCUUUCUGCAGAAGGAGCCUGUUGACAGCAGACACUCAGGAGCUGUGGGCAGCGUGCAGCCAGCCAGAGACCUGCUUCCAGCUGGUUCCUCUCCCACAGAGAAGGUGCCUUACUAACAAGCAAGGAUGGGCUGAGCCACACAAGCAUUGCCGUGACUGCUUUGGAAAGAUGUCUGAUUUGGCUUGUGAAACCAGCAGAUAGAGUUGUUGCUUUGCUCAUGUGUAAAACAGUUCACUUUUGGUCUGUGAGGGACGAGGAAACGAUGUCACAGUACAUCCUUCUCUGUGAGGAAGAAACCGUGGAGGAUGUAAUCAGCUAAAGUGCUCAGGUGGCCGUCACCUUGGGUCGGUAGCCCCCUCCCCCGCCUCCACGUUUCACAAGUAACCAAACUAAUCCUUUUCCAGGCAUCUUUGGCAGGCGCGUUUCCUUUUGUUCCCUUUUUCUACAAAGCUCCAUGGAGGAAUGUAAGAAUCCUUCUGAAACACCCCUUGGAAACACAGCGUGUGGAGCUUUGCGGAGAGAUAAGGCAGUGGUAAGGAUAUGAAGUCUUCUGUGUCUUCCACUGAAGAAGGAGUGCCUGGCUGCCAAGCCGGGGCCUGCUCUAUCUUACUGGUCUUGACUUUAGCUGUAAAAAUGUUAAAUAGGAAGGCACCAGUUCUGCUGAACAAGCAGGCAUUGCCUUUUACAAGGGAAGUCAUUUAAAACACCGGAAAUAUGUUUGAAAGAUACUGGUGCCGUUCCCUCUGACCUCAAUUUCAUACACUGGUAACUCUCCAGUGCCUGCCAGGCGGUCGGAGAUACGCAUGCAUCCCAGAAUAACACUGAACUUACUGUGGCCAAGGACUCUGAGAAGGUGUGUGUCACCAUACAUAUUGCCCCAAAAGAGAAACUGGCUUUUUAAAGAACAGCUUUAAUAAGCCCUCUUUUUGCCUGCCUCUCUCACACAGACUUCCUCUUCUAUCAACCGCAGCACUGCUGCCCCCCUCCCCCCGUAGCUUUCUCCAUUACUGCUUUUAACCUUGAAACCUCUGUUGUACACUUAUGCAUUCAUCCUAUCUUGUAUUAUUAAUGGGGCAGGAGUGAUGCAGCCAGAACACUGACAUUACUAAUUACCGCUUAUAACCGAGAAGUAGGGAGCAGGGAAUGAAGUGGCUCACGAGACGGUGUCAUAACAAUAAAAUACCGCUGCUGGGCAGAGCGGCUCAGUUUGUGUGCUCUGUGUGUCUGGGUGGAGGUGGGUUGUCCCCUGCCAUCACGGGCAGACACAGUGGAACACCUUGGGGCAGGAGGAGGGCGCUCUUCCUGUGAGUCAUCCUAGGCUGCCAUCUGUAUACAUGGGUAGAGGAGAGAUUCAUUUCUAUCAAAACUUAAAGACAUGACAGAAUUCUCGUUCAAGAGGAAUAGCCCCUUUCAAAACAAAGCGAUUUAUGCCAGCAGUAUGAUCCAGGAGGACUGCGUCAGGAAAGGCAGUUCAGGGAGGUCCACCCCGCCUUGGCACGCUGGCUGGGUGUGUGGGUGAGCCGUCCAGCCCCCCACAUUCCAGUUACAUGUGUGCACACCCAUUACCAGGAGGUGUAAGCCUGCUAGGUCAGGGGUGAUCCUGGCGUCACAUGUAUCUGAACUUACCUAAUUUGCAGCAUAUCCGGCGGCCCGAGCGCUAGGGAGCAUCGUCAGAAGAGAAGGUUCUGGUCUUAAUUCUGCUUCUGACCAGCCAUGGGCAGUUCCCAGUGCCUUUCUCAGCACUUGCUGCUGCUUCUGUAGAAUGGGGAUACUAGUACCAGCCCCGCUUACUGUGUAGGGUUGUUUGGUGAUUACAAACAUAUGUGCAAGGCACAUGAGCACACUGACAGUGACGUGCAAGGUGGAAGGUGCUGUGGCUGUUUCUGUGAGGAGCCAGGGACACCUCCCCAUGUGGUGAGAGUGGAGUAGUAUGUGCUUCCAGGGCAGGAGCCGUGCCUUCCGUGGCAGCGAUGGAUAAAUGCCAGGCCUUAACGUUACCUGGGACGCCUUAGCAGAGUGGCCUAUGACUGCAAGUUCACCCAGCUUCUGAGGAACCCCGACCACAUCUUCUAGAGGAACUGGAAGUAAAAGUGCCUUCAGAGAUAGAUGUACGUAGACUGUGAUACAGUUGAAUGCUAUAAACGUGGCCUGCCUGCCCACUUCUGGUACCAUUUUCUUAAACUCUGCUUGUCUAAAUUAUGGUAUUAUAGCCCUGAAACUUUAAAUUCCUCAUGCUUUAGAAACUCCACUUACAGAAAGUCCAGGAGAAAAUGAAAAUGACUUUGAAAUAAUAUUUUUAACUGUUGAAAAAGCAGGAGAGGCCGUUUUGAGAGAACACACACUUAAGUAUUUCUUGGGGAUAAAAAGCCAGCUUCAUGAAAGUGAGAAAUUGUUGAUCACUUGACAGUAGUACUGAAAGGGCCUAGGUUUUCAGGGGCCCUGCCUCCUAGCCUUGAGAUGUUCUGCUUUUCUCUUUUCCUUUAUAUAUAUAUACACGCAUAUACAUUUCACAAAUACAGCCAUAGUUUAUGUAACAAAUAUGGCCAUAGUUGAGAGAGUGAGUCAUGGUCCUCAAAACUGAAAGUAAACCCUUGUCACUUUUCUCAUAUCUCACCUGGCAGCACUGUGGAAGUGCCUGUGGGAAGGAGCCGCGCUCUUUGGGGGGACUUUGACCUCGAAGGAGCUCCUAGAGGAAAGCCUGCCAGGCCUUCUGGGCUGGACUUGAUACCUUUCAUCACCAGGGCUUUGGGCUCUCCAAGUGACCACCAUGGUGCUGGUGGUGGUGCAGCUUAUCGGGAGCUUAUUGUCAUUUUACAGGUUUGGCUUCCUGUGCUUCGCUGAGGGAAGGAGCCACUGUAGGAUCAUAGAUGCCACGAACAUCUCAGACCCACCUGGGGAAAGAGGACUAUUACCUUUAUUCAGUUCUUUGAAAUUUCUCAUCUCUUAAACUUCACUUUAGAGAACACAAUACCCUGCUCAGUAAUGCCGGCUGUUGUCAUCAUCUAGGAGCCUGUCUGUGUCAGACUUUAGCAAAAACAACCUUUUUAUUGAUAAGAAAGUGAACGAGAUAAACUGAGAGUUGCUCAGGGCUAGAAAGUCAUCAACAACAUUGUGCAUAACCUCUUUGCAAAAAAUGAGAUAGACCUGUUAGUACUCACAGGGGAGUCUCUCCAAGAAAUAUGCUGUCAAGUGCAAAAAGCAAGGUCAAGAGAACAGAGUGUGAUAUUUUUGCUCCCUUUUGUAUAUGCUUGGAAACCCUGGUGGCAUAGUGGUUAAGUACUAUGGCUGCUAACCCAAAGGCCGGCAGUUCAAAUCCACCAUGCGCUCCUUGGAAACUCUAUGGGGCAGUUCUGCUCUGUCCUAUAGGAUCGCUAUGAGUCGGAAUCGACUCUUCGGCGCUGGGUUUUGGUUUGUAUGUGCUUAUAACAUAUAUCUGUUAAAUACAUGUGUAAGUUUUUUCUAGAAAGAAAUACAAACUGCUAAUAUCUGUUACUUUCCAAAAUGGAGAGCUUUGAGAUGAGAGGCGGAAUUUCACUCUUUGUUUAUACUGCUCUAUAAUACUUCUUAAGGAGCCCUGGUAGUACAGUGAUUAAGUGCUCACCUUCUAACUGAAAGGUCGGCAGUUGACAUCCACGAGCAGCUCUGGGAGAAAGAUGUGGCAGUCUGCUGUAGUAAAGGUUACAGCCUUGGAAGCCCUAUGGGGCUGUUGUCUUCUGCCCUAUAGGGUUGCAAUGAGUGAGGAUUGACUUGACAGCACACAGCAGCAAGGACAUAAUACUUAGCAUGUACAUGCUUCCUCCCCCCUCCCCCACUCCCUCCACUGGUGUCAACAGAAAUUUUUUUUUUAAACUUCAGUAUAGAGAUUUGAGGUUUUAGGUGAGCACUUUCCCUUGUCAUUCAGUCUCUCUGGAAUGAGCCAGCUAAUGGUCCUUGGCUCUUUCUUAAUAGUUUCUAGAUAUGCAAGUGUGUACUGUUACAUAGUUUGGUUUUGUUUUAAUUUUUAAAUUUUUAUUGUGCUUUAAGUGAAAGUUUACAAAUCCAAGUCAGACCCUAAUACAAAAAUUUAUAAACACCUUGGUAUAUACUCCUAAUUGCUCUCCCCCUAAUGAAGCAGCACACUCUUUCCCUCCACUCUCUCUUCCUGUCCAUUCGGCCAGCUUCUGACCCUCUCUGCCCUCUCAUCUCCCCUUCAGACAGGAGCUGCCCACAUAGUCUCAUGUGUCUACUUGAUCCAAGAAGCUCAUUCUUCAGCAGUAGCAUUGUCUAUCCCAUUGUCCAGUCCAAUCCCUGUCUGAAGAGUUAGCUUUAGGAAUGGCUGUCAUGUUACAUAGUUUUUACCUGGCUUCAUUUAUUGUCUGCUUAAACUUUUUAUAGAUUUUUACUCUCCUUUCUUUCUCAAUAUGAGAAUAAUUGAGAGAAGGUUAAUGACUGCUGGAAAUACCUUUCAGUUUUACCCAGUCCUGGGCUUCUAACAGCAAAAGUGAAGGCAGGGUGUUCACCGACCAGCCAUAGGAAUCCAGGCCUUGAAGCAGGAGUGUCUUCUGUUAGGAAUGCUCUUGUGACUAUUCCAGGAAUGUUUGGCAGGGCUUCAUGCAGUUUAGAGAUGCAGCUAGUGAUUGAAUUCCAUUUUAUUCACUUAAAGUGUGGUAGACCGAGAGCUGUGUCAUGGACUUUAUUUGUAAUUGUGUAGGAGUAAGUGAAAUUUAAGGAGCCCUGGCGGCACCGUGAUUAAGCACUUGGCUGCUAACUAAAAGGUCGGCAGUUCAAACCCACCCAGCUGCUCCGUGGUAAAAAAGACCUGGCGAUCCGCUCCCGUAAAGUUUACAGCCUAGGAAACCCUAUGGGGCAGUUCUCCUCUGUCCCUUGGGUCUCUGUGAGUCAGAAUCAACUCGAUGGCACACAACAGUAAAUGAAAUUCCCUUGGCAAAAACUUUGAUACGAAAGUAAGCUUUUUAUGUUUUCUCAAUUGGCAAAUGGAAUCAGUAUACAGGACACAAAGACUUUAUUCACUGAAUGUGUUUAUUCCCCUAAUGUUUAUUUACUGCUGCAAUCUCCUCUUUAGUUUCAUUUCCAAAAUCCACUAUCUUCUGUCAAGCACAAGUAAAAGUAUCAGGACAGCUGUUUUUUCUCACUGGAAAACGUAGAGGAAAGAGUGUGAUAGGAUGUUAAUGGUGGUGUGAGAGUAAGAAUUCUAGACAUAAUCUGUGUAACCUACACAAGUCCUUUAAUCUGUUAGCAGCUUGGUUACCUCAUCUGUAAAAUGGGUGUGAUGAUACCUUUCUGUCUCUCUGGUUGUCUGAGGAUUGAAGGAGAGGAUGCUUGCAGAACUCUGAGAGAGAGCUGUUAGCCUGUAAAUCCGUGUGGAUGUGGAUGGACUCCUUUUUCGUCCCCUCCUGUGGGCUUUGAAAGUAAACAAAAGCCUAAUGCCCUGGUGAUCUCGUAUCGGGGGAUUUGGAAUGAUAUCAAUGGGUCAUUUGGUUUCCUUGUCGGAAGUGAUAUCCAUUCACCUCAGAGUCUUGCAAGAGCCAGAGGAGCUUGGCACCAACUUUUGAACCUAGAAGAAACUGAAGAUUUUACUUAGGUCCAUGGUGCCAAUAUGAGAAUCCUUGUACAGUAUCUUUAUCCAAGAGCUGGGUUUGUGUGAACUCUUUCUUUGAUUUCCAGAAAAAUCCCACAUGCUCCCUUCAUUACUCAGUUUUGAUUUUGAACCCAGUGUUACUGACAGAUACAUCCAUUGAGCAUGGUAAUUCGUCCAGUUCGAACAACCAGGGCUUCUGUUUCUAUCUUUUAAGAUCUUCCAUAGGUGAAAUUCCACUACCACAAAUACCACAAGUACAAGUUCUCCUUUUUUUUUUUUUUUUUUUGAGUUCGACACCCCACUUUUCUCCUGCUCCAUCAGGAACUCUCUGUUGUGUUCCUUCUCAGGGCUGUCAUUGGUGGUAGCCAGGCACCAUCUAGUUUUUCUGGUCUUAGGCUGAUGGAGUCUCUGGUUUAUGUGGCCCUUUUGUGUCUUGGGCUAAUAUUUUCCUUGUGUCUUUGGUGUUCAUCAUUCUCCUUUGCUCCAGGUAGAUUGGGACCAACUGAUGCAUCUUAGAUGGCCGCUCACUAGCUUUUAAGAUUCCAGAUGCCACUCACCAAAGUGGGAUGCAGAACAUUUUCUUAAUAAACUUUGUCAUGCCAGUUGACCCAGACCACAUUUUUUUUUUUUUUUAAGAAAUAGUUGGUGUAAGCUACAGUUCUAAUAGAGCCAAGCAUUUUGAGCACAUUGUAUGUGAUUUGGCCAGCAUCGGGCAGCCUUUUCUGAGACCAGCAGCUUUAAGCAGAAAGUGGAUGACAUGCAGACUCUGAACUAAUCCACUGACCAAACUUUCCUCAUCAGAAAAACGUACACACUACUCUCGGGGUGGUUGUAAGGUGUUUUGGGGGCUCUAAUAAAAAAAAAAAAAAUUUUUUUUAUAACCUGAGGAGUCGAGAGCUGUACUGAGACCACAUGGCAGCAGUAGGGUUCCUUGAGACUUUUGAGAAAUACACUGGAUUACUGAGAUGGGAGACUAGGUAGAUACUUUCCCUCCAAGACACCUGAUAUGCUGGGUGAGCAGCCUUUUUAAUUGUUGAUUACCAAACAGUCAUUCCUGGGAGAUUGAUGGAAAGAUGUGUUCUAACAAGGAAGUAAGCGUAAGAGGGCUCCAGUACUUUUCCAAGCAAAGGACUUUUCCAAGGUGUGUGUGAGCAGCCCCUUGAGGACCUGGUGAGGGAGAUCAGGGAGUGUUCAAACCAAGUAGAGGCCGUCAUUGGCUAAAUCGUGUGGAGCCGUAAAAGUGGCCAUGUUUACCCGGGCACAUUCCUCGGAAGCUCAGUAUGGACUGAGAUUGUAUCUGCAUUCUUUCUGCCAUGUUUUUACAGCAUGCGCUUCACGGGAUUUUUUACAUAGUUUUCCACCCUUUUACAAGGUCAGUAUGUGAAAGUGCAUUACAAUACUACAACGUAAAGAAUUCACAUUUUGAAAAUGUCUUGUGUUUGUUCAAGCCUUCUUAACAUACAUAAUUAAUUACAAGGUAUCAGGAUUAAUGGGGCUUUGAAUAUUUAAAGCUCUUUUCUCAAGAUUAACUUGAUUUAAUUCUGAGAUAGAUAUUUGCAGCCUUGGUGAUAUGCUGGUCUGGAUGUGAGUACAAGAGGAGAGGGGCUGAACUGUGACUUCUCUCGCCUUCAGUUCUGGGUUUUUUACUUCCUUUCUUACUCCACCUCCUCACCUCUAAUUCGUCUUUACAGUCUGGGUGGAAAGGAAAAGAAUAUAAUUUGCCUUUAUGUAACAUUCAGAAGUCCCUGGGUGGCACAAACAGUUAAACACUCAGCUGCUAACCAAGAGGUUGGCAGUUUGAAUCCACCCAGAGACACCUCAGAAGAAAGAACUGAUGAUCUGCUUCCAAAAGGUCACAGAAAACCCUAUGGAGCACAGUUCUACCCUGACUCCCAUGGGGUUGCCAUGGGUUGGAAUCAGCAGCACCCAGUUUGGUUUUCUUUUGGCUUUGACGUUCAUCUUGUGGGGCACUGUGUUUUCAAAGUAUCAACAUGCAUCCCUUAGCAUCCAGGAAAAUAAAGGUGACAGAGCAAUUUCUACUGUCCUGCUCUCCCAAAGAUUUCGCAGUCCCCUCUGACACCCUGGGUCUUUAGAUCCUAAUGGCCUGUCUGGGAAGGAGGAAUAGGCAGAGGCCUGCCAAAGUGCUAAAAAACCAAACUCAUUGCCGUUGAGUCAAUUCUGACUCAUAGUGACCCUAUAGGAACCCAAAAGGGGGACGAGUGGGAUCCCCAUCUCCCCUCAUGUGAAUCUCGGCUUUUAUCCAUCUAAUUCCAAACAUGGAGGAGACCAAGGGGCCUGUGGAGGCCCAGACGAGGAUGGAUUUUGUUAAAAUUUACUGUAUUCCUGUCCACAUUCACUGCCCUAGCAAGGGGAGCUGCCUUCGAGCCUAGACAUCUGCAGUGGGUGAUGGUCCUGGGGGAUUUCUCUAGCUCCCAUCAGCCCCGAGCCUGGGACACGGGUUCCCCACUCUCCUGUCAUCGUCUGGCUCCCUGUCCAAGGCUGGUGGGGAGUGAGUGUGCAGUAGCAGAGAUGUUGGGGUGAUGGGGGAACAGAGGUUUGGCAGCAGAAGCUGGCUGCAUCUAGCAUGCAGUUUGCCUUUCUCAAGGAUCUCAGGACCCCUUGGUAACUCAAGCCUGCACAGACAGGGCCAGAGGCUGUGAAGUGGCUGCUCUGCUCAGACCAGAUGCCAUCCUCAGCAGCCCGAAGCCUGCAGGUGUGAAGACACUCCUGAGUACCCUUUGCCUUCUUGGGAAACAGCGUUUCAUGGGCCUCUCUUUUAUCUGCCUCAAAAAAUGUUGUUGUUAUUAGGUGCUGUUGACUCAGUUCCGACUUCCCCAGUAAUAAUUGUAUGGUUUAGUGAUCACCUACUGUGUGUUACUCCUCCUGAAAGUAUUGCCAGUGAUUCCUCUCAUUUUGCUAGACAAGGACAGAGGCUCAGAGGGAUGGUGCAUGCUCAGAGAUGGCAAGGCCAGUGUGGAGACCAGGGCCUCUCCACCAUUACAAGAUUUAAGGAAAGUUCUUGUGUGCAUUUGCUUAGAAAGUUCUAGGGAAGUGGUUAACGAAAUGGAAACCCGUGUGACCAUGGCUCUCAGUUUCAUCACACAUAAAGUAAGGAUGACAGCAACACCUGCCUCAGGUUGUGAGGAACAAUGAGAGCACCCCCAGUCCCAUUUUGACAUGUAUAGCUUUUUGUUGCGUAAUAAUAGCAGCUAUCCUCUAUUGAAGGAGCCCUGGUGGUGCAGUGGUUAAGCACUCAACUGCUAACUGAAGUGUCGGUAGUUCAAGCCCACCAGCUACUCUGCAGGAGAAAAGACCUGGCAAUCUGCUCCUAUAAAGAUUACAUAGUUACAUCUGGGGUCUUAAACACUAGCAAACGGCCAUCUAAGAUGCAUCAAUUGGCCUCAACCCACCUGGAGCAAAGGAGUUUGAAGAACACCAAAGACACAAGGUAAUUAUGAGCCCAAGAGACAGAAGGAGCCACAUAAACCAGAGACUACAUCAGAUUGAGACCAGAAGAACUAGAUGGUACCUGGCUACAACGGAUUACUGCCCUGACAAGGAACACAACAGAGAACCCCUGAGGGAGCAGGAGAGCAGUGGGAUGCAGACCUCAAAUUCUUCUAAGAAGACCAGACUUAAUGGUCUGACUGAGACUAGAAGGACCCCAGAGGUCAUGGUCCCCAGACCUUCUGUUAGCCCAAGAGAGGAACCAUUCCCAAAGCCAACUGUUCAGACAGGGAUUGGACUGGACUAUGGGAUAGAAAAAGAUACUGGUGAGGAGUGAGCUCCUUGGCUGAAGUAGACACAUGAGACUAUAUGGGCAGCUCCUGCCUGGAGGGGAGAUGAGAAGGCAGAGGGGGUCAGAAGCUGGCUGAAUGGACACAAAAAUAGAGGAUGGAGAGAAGGAGUGUGGUAUCUCAUUAGGGAGAGAACAACUAGGAGUAUAUAGCAAGGUGUAUAUAAAUUUUUGUAUGAGAGACUGACUUGAUUUGUAAACUUUCACUUAAAGCACAAUAAAAAUUUAAAAAGUAAAACCUUAAAAAAGAAAAAAAGAUUACAGCCUUAGAAACCCUAUGGGGCAGUUUUGCUCUGUCACGUGGGGUCGAUAUGAGUUGGAAUUGACCAGACGGCGCACAACAUCCUUUACUGAGCACAUGUAUCUUCUCAUUUAAAAAAGUCCUACAAGGCCCUUGUUUCCCCUGUUGUCGUUAAUGAGGAAGCAGAGCGGCUGGGACUUGCUCAGGUCACACAGGUCCCUGUGGUGCCCCAUCAUCCCAGCUCUGCCCCCCAGGUGAUGCUGUCUCUUUAGUGUGUGGUUUGGCGUCCAUUUUUCACAGGGUGAUGGUACUCGUUCUGUGGGUAUUCAGACAUACUUGUUUGUGAGUCUUUUAGACAUCCAGAUGGACAUGUUGAGUUAGAUGCACAAGCCUGCUGCUAAGGAGUCCUGGUGAUGCAAACGAUUUAAGUGCUUAGCUGCUAACUGGAAGAUUAGCAGUUCCAACCUGCCCAGUGACUCCAUGGGAGAACGAAAAACCUGUUGCUGUUGAGUCGAUUCCGACUCGUAGCGACCCUGUGGAACAGGGUAGAACUUCCCCUUUGGGUUUCCAAAGAGCAGCUGAUGGAUUUGAACUGCCAGUCUUUUGGUUAGCAGCUGAAUUCUUAACCACGGCACCACCAGGGCGCCUCAUGGGAGAAAGACCUGUCAAUCUGCUCCUGUAAAGAUUACAACCUAGAAGGCCCUGUGGCGUGGUUCAACUCUGUCACAUGGGGUCGCUGUGGCUGGACAGCACCUAACAACAGCUUAGGGGAGGGGUCAGAGAUGGAGGGAGAAGAGAACACUGUGCCUGCCCUGGAGGAGACUCAGGGCCUGGGGAGGCCUGGGCUGUGGAGAGAGGAAGGACGGCUUUCUGCAAAGGCAAAGAGAAGAAAUUACUAAGUAUGCUAAGUUAGAAGUUACUAAGUUGAAGGGAAUAUCACAGAAGAAGUGGCUUUAGUAUUGGACCUUGAAGGCUACAUCAGGAAAGCAGGAGCAGGGGAGUAAGGAGCGGCAUUCCAGAAGGGACAUAGUGUACUAAAUGAGAGAGGAGUGUGUGUGUCCCAGGGUGGACCGAGAAGAUGGGGUGGCUGGGACUGUGGCAGGUGAUGAGGCUGGGGGCUUCAGAGCCAGGCUGUGAAGGGUGUGGCCCCUUGUGCUGAAGAACUUGGCCUUGUUCCUGUAGCAAAUGAAAGUGCACCCAGGUUAGUAAACACAGGAAUGAUGGAAUCAAACUUUGUUCAGAAGAUUAUUCCAGGCAGAGACAACAGGGACCCACAUGGGGCCUGGGCUCAGCCAGAUCAGACACACAGAGACAGCUCAGAGCUUGUCAGAGCUUAGCCAUGAGGCGGAUGAGAGCAGGCCCAGCCUGCUUGGUUCAGGCAUGAUGGUCUGAUGACUCUAAUUGUACCCUCCGUAGGGCAAUUCUGAAGAUUCUCUUACUCCCAUAAGACCACUUGUUAAAAGUGCACACAUUAACACAAGCAUGCACACUCUCAACAGUUGGGGGUGGGGGCGUGUAUUGCAUCCUGCCCCAGCACAUUCCACUGGCAGAGUCCACUAUGGAAACAUUUCACCUGCUUGGUCUCAGCAGUUAGGUUUUGUGGUCUGUUGCCAUAGCAGCUGGAGCCUCGGCCUUAUCAGAUAAUUGCGAGCCUGGUGAAUACUUAGACACCCAGAAACAGGAGGCAGGAAGGACUCUCAAGGGGUUAUCUAUCUGGUCAGCUCCCCUGCUUCUGAGAGCCUUCCCCCAAGUUCUCCUGGCUUACUCACAACCUUGUCACACUCAGUGCUGCUCUCUCUAGGUAUCGACAUGCUCCCAUUGCCUCCUCACAACAUGUCCUCUCGUGGGGUUGGCUGGGCAACAGUUUUCCUUGUUGGGCACCAUUUGGAGGCUAAAGAAUUUGCCCAAAGUCCUGCCACUGUCUACUCUCAGUCCAGUGCUCUUAGCAAGGGCUUGCUGGAACCACACAGCCUGUUCUGGACCCCGGUUCCACAGUUUGUUAUCUCUGUGACCUUACACAAGCCACUUUGCUGCUCUCUGCCUCAGUUUCCUCAUCUGUAAAAAUGGGGAGGAUAAUAGCACAUUCCUUAGGGUUUAUUAUGAAAAUGACGUGACUUAAUGUAUGUAAGGUGUUUUGUCCAUAAAAAAAAGAAUUUGUCCAUAAGCACUCAGUAAAGUUAGCCAUUAUUAUUACUCAUUCCUUUGUGCCUGACCUCUCCUGCUCCUAGGUUUUGUAACCUCACUCGAUAAUCUUUUCAUUUAGGCACUUGCGGCUCCCUUGUUCUAGUCCUUUAUGUGAUCAGGGUUGUCGAAGGUAACUGAUAAAACAGUUCUCCCCAUUUUGAGUUUCUGGAUAUGUGAUCUCUCAGCUUGCUCAUCCCCGGGGACCUCCGCCGUCUCCGCAGACAUGGUGUCUCGGCUCCCUGACAGUUACUGCUUUCUCUGUUCUCUCCGCUUCCCUUUGCCUUUUAACUUAGAGGAUCAGCUCUCACUCUCCUCCCUUCCAAGCUAGUCAGUGUGAGGAGCAGCCUCUCAAACCCUCUGACCGCUGUAGAGCCCCAUGGGCAGGAGGCCCAGGAGCCCAGCUGUGAACGCCAGUGAGGAAGCUGACACUCAUUAAGCAUGACUGUGUGCCCAGCACCUCACAAUGCGCUUGUGUCGCUUCCUUCACCUGGCAGCCUUGUCCCAGCCCUUUUAUAGAGAAGAAAACCAAAGCCUGGAGAGGGGUGGUUGCUCUCCCAGGUCACCGUUUAAUAAGUGAUGGAGGUGGAAUAUGCAGACCAGCCCAGAGCCACAUGGGGGUCCCAAUCCCACUAGUCUCAGCGAAUUUCAGCUUUCCCGUCUGUAAGAGGUCAGUGGUGUAGACUUGGUGAGUUGUGGCCCUCCAUAUCCUUGAUGGUGUCAGUUCCCUCCUACAGCUUGUCAUAGCUUCCACGUUCUGAGAUUCUGUUACCUAUUAAAUGUGGGUAAAAUAUUUGUGUUACAGGGGUUCUGACAACAUAGAGGUGCAUCUGGGCGUUGUAAGUAAAUUGAACGCCGGUAGGCGGCAGUGAAAUGGGGAACGUUUCUGCAGGAGAUUUUCUGGUCGGUUUAGGUGGAACCGCAGUUAAAAUAGGCAGCCAGCAGAGGGCCGCAGAGCCUCACAGAUGACCUGGGUCUGGCUGCCCAUGAGUGUCUGCAGAUUUCCUCUGGCACGCAGCCCUCUGGCUCCGCAGGGUGCUUUCUGGUAAGUACAUGUGCUCAUCACUGAGCUGGGAGGACAUGCCAGUGCGCCACCAAGAUUCAGCUCUAGCUACAGAAGUUGGUGACCUUCUGAUAGGAUUCUGUGUACUUUUGUUUGGUGAAGAGCUUACAGGGGUGGUAGGGAUGGGGGGCGGGAGAAUAGGAUUGUGUUGUGAGCCAUCGUGUGUAAAAUAGAAACGAAUUGGCCUCGGCAGUAAGCUAGAAGAGAGCAAGAAGCUGUUUCUCUUUCUAGUAUCGCCCCACCCCAAUUGUUACUGGGUCCUAACUCAGUAACUCGAAGGGUACCCACCUGCAUGAGCCUGCCCCUGUAGGUUCUUCAGUUUCCUUGGAUUUUCAGAGCCCACUUUCGGGACCAUCCAGUCUGUGGAGUGGGGGAACACAGGUUCACCCCGCAGGCGCUGAACCACAGAAUUCAUGAUUGGUGAAACUUUUUUCCAGUGUUAUCAUUCUAAUUGUAGGUGUAAAAGAUACAUGGAUGAGUAAUUAUGUGAAAAAUACUUAGAACAGUGCCUUUAUACAUGCUUACUAUUAUUAUAUGGUAAACUAUGCAAGGAGUCUCUGGGUGGUUCAGAUGUUCAGGCUCUCAACUACUAGUUGAAAGAUUGGCUGUUCGAACCCACCUGUAAGUGCCUCGGAAGACAGUCCUGGUGAUCUGCUUCCAAAAGGUCACAGCCUUGUAAACCCUACGGGGCGGUUUCUCCUCCGUUCACACGAGGUCACCGUGAGUCAGAAUCAACUCGAGGGCAGCUAACAACAAUAAUCUACCAAAAGCUGUGAAAGUGGCAUUUGAAUUAUGGCCUGAAUCUAUUAUUUCUAAAUUUCUCGGGUUUUUUUCUCCUUUAUAGUGAAAACCAAAAACCAAACCCGUUGCCGUUGAGCCAGUUCCUACCAAUAGCCACCCUAUAGGACAGAAUAGAACUGCCCCAGAGUUUCUAAGGAGCGACUGGUAAAUUCAAACUGCUGACCUUUUGGUUAGCAUGCGAACUCUUAACCACUGUGCCACCAGGGCUCCUUAUAGUGAAUAGGAUGGGAAAAUAACAAGGAAGCCAAAAUAAUAUGUUAUUUUACCUCGUGCCCACCGUUGGUGAAUGCAGGUGGCACUUCCUUCCCGUGCAGUCAGUAGGGCAUAUGAUAUUCAAAAGCAAGAUAGAAGCAAGUGGUCAGUAGUCCUUAAGUAAUGUGUAUCUUCUCUGAAAUGAACACAUUGACAGUUCAGAAACAAGACCAAUAACAAAGUCAUUUCAGCUUUCUGCACCCUAAGCUGUGUGUCACAGUGCCCCCAAAACUUUAAUGGUGUGUUUGCGUGCAUGCGCCUGCAUGUGUGUGUUCUGUGGUGGUAUUUUCCUUUACUUAAGUUAGGUCACUAGAGUUUUUUAAGAAGAUCAUUUGAUGUGGUUUGGCUUGCUUUGGGUUUGUUUUGUUAUUAAGAAACAAUCAUCCUGCCUGCCGGAAUUGUGGGCCUUGGAUGAGAUUAUGUCCGGCCUUCACUGGUCCCAUUUUUGAGGGCCCCAGCUGCACACACACCUGGUCUGGAACCAGGGUCAGCCUUGAAAAUGGCGGUGGGAACAAUGGCUAGAGGGAAAUACCUUGAAUCCAAAGGAAGGCUGGAGGUUUUUCUGUAUGUCACAGUUCAUACCGUGCUGUGCAUCUGCAUGUUUUCUUCCUUUCCCUGCUGUUAUUAGACUGAAAUGCCACCCUCUGGAUAAGAUCAGGGUUUUAGGAUGGACCCGUUGGUUCCGGCCUGAGACCGUGUUUUUCCGUGUACGUAGCCCGUGCUCUGGCUGGCGCAUGGCCUCUCUGAGCCCUGAGUCGCAGUAGCUGUCUUAAGGCCAGCAGGACUGCAGGGCUCUGGGGGGCUGUGCCUCUGCCUUUGAGUACAGACAGCUCCAAGUGCUUUGAGAGGCCCGCUGGCAGCCCCUCUGCCAGGCCAUGCUUGCCUUGUUUCCAAGUCGUAUGUGUUUUUUGCACCUGCUGUCAACACUUUCACCAUCAGCUUUAUUUUGUGCUAAAAUUUGCAUCCAUUUUUAAGUAGGGAGCUUUAGGGAGUGAACUUUUCGUGGAAUGAGAAGAACUUGAGCAGAGAUAGGACUCUGCAUUUUAAGGUCUGCACGACAGUUCCUGCCUGUCUUCCUCUGCCUGUGGAGAUGUGAGCCCAGGAGAGCCAGUUCACCUCCAGGAGCCUUGGUCUUGUCUGUCACUGAGCCCGGAGUCUGUGCAGGAUGAGGAAUAAUGGGGUGUCAUGAGCCCCUGCAGGCUAAGUAGCAUGUCACAGACACUUUAUGCAUUGUACCUUGUUCAUGUGUUCUAGAAUGACUGCCUUCCAUUCCAUUAUCUCAGAAUUAAAAAUUAACCUUUUAAUUAAGUUGUGGGAUUUCUACUCUGGUUAUAGAUGAAGCUAGCGUUUUUAAACAUUAACCAUGUUACAUUCGCAUUUGCCCUAAAGGCACCACUGUAUCUGCUUAUACUAAGAAGUGAGCAGCCCCACCUGUUUGACACAGUCCUAACAGGGGUGAUAUCCCCAGUAGCACGUUUUUCUCACAGACUGUGAUGAUGAAGUGUUUUGUCCUGAAUCCAGCCAGUGGUGGGCUUUCUUAAGACCCUCCCUUUCUCCCAUCUCACCUGGUCCAGACACUCACUUUGGGUUGUGGCCUUGCCUCCUCGGCUGGCCCCUACUACAGUGACUCCUCAUCUCCCGUUGGCCCUCGAUGUCAGGGCAGCCUGGCUCUUCCUUUAUGUUCCCCUCCAUGGGAGCCUACAGUGGCCUAGAACCCAACUAUGGACGCUGUCUCCGGUCUGGCCCCUUCCUCUUGCCCUCUGAUAGUACUCACCUGCCUGCCCCUGUUCAUGAAGAUGUUUCCACCUGGACUGCCCUCCCUGUCCUUUUCACCUCAUGUGGUCCCUGCAGGCAGGCAGCAGAGGCCUCCAUGGAGGAAUCUCAGUAAGGCCACCCUAUUAAACCUGCCUUCUGCGCUUGGAUUGUUGCUGGUGCCAGGUGCAGUACUGCCCAGGGGUGUAGCAUUGGUGCCGUAGAGAACAGGUAUGUCUCAGCAACAGACUGUUCGGUAAAUGGUCUCGGGGGUCCCAGUAAGAGUGGAGGAGACAGUCGUACCACACAUGCAUGUCCCUGGCCAUCCUUGACGGUGGAGGGACAGUAGACACCACCCUACAUCUUCAGUUAAGACACCCCAAGCCUAUAAACAUUGGCUCCUGCAGCUCAGGUCCAGGGAGUCUCUACUUCUGUAGACUUUCUGACUCCCAGGUUCCCCAGAGGUCAAGAGCAAGAAUGCAGAGAGAUCAAUACAAAUCCCUCUGCCCAGUGGAGCUCCUUGGCAAUGUUCAAGGACUAUGUUCCACAGGCCCCCAGGGGCCUUGGCAUCUCACCUCCCUAGGCUCCCAGACCCACACCCCUCCUCCUUCUCUCAGCCCCGUCCCCUCUACUUUCCAUUGGUCCCUAAGCGCACCCUCAAAUCCAUCCUCUGCCCAGUGGCUGCUCACCUGGAGCCCCUCUCGCCUCCUAGCCAAGGGUGCUCCCACUUGCCUCGUAGUCCCUUCUCCCGAGAACUAGAACCAGGCGUUACCACAUCGUUUCCUGUGUAAGACCUUCUGUCAGGCAGCUCCCAUUGCUCUCAAGACACUCCUUAGAACAGGUGCACUCCCCUGCAUUUGUCUGCCUUGCCAUCUCCUCCUCCUGUACCUCUUCCUUCUCCAGCACCUGGUUCCAGCCACAUAUGGUUUGCCCUAGCCAGGUGUUCUCGCAUCUCCAUGCUUGUGUGUCUGUCACACCUGGAUGGCUCCUCCUCAGCCUUGAAGACUUGUCUAGACCCUCUCCUUUGUACAGAUGGUCUUGGCAGGUGAUGUCUACUCCUUACUCAGCACCCAGGGCCCUAUGUGACCCUGACAGCUUCCUUGUCCCCUCCACUACCAGCUAACCCUUGAGCAGAAACCCAGGGAUACCCAUCUAGGCCCUGGCAGGAAUGUGUGUUUGAACGAAUGAGUGAGUUAUGAGGGGGAGACACUACUAUUUCUAGAACACCCUGAUGGUGUCUGGUUUAUGAGAAGACAACUCUUUUCACAAGGGCCUUUUCCAGUUAGCCAGGGUCAGGUAGGGAGAGGACUGCCGGAAGUGCAAGGUUAUUUUUCCCCCAAAGGAAACAUGGAAGUAGGGGAGUUGUGCCCAGGAAGCUGUGUGUGCAUGGAAAGUAAAUGGAUGGCACUCUUGGUUUUUUGGACUUGGUCAUAGUCUCUACAAUGCAUUUUCCACCUGUUCCCCUAGGAACAAUGACUUGGAAAGUCUCCAGCGUGUAUGAAGAUGAGCAGAGCGUACAGUACAUGCAAGAAUCCACCAGCAUGUAGUGUUUGAUUUUCACUGAAAUCCACAAAUGAAUGGCGCUUCUUUUCUAGCAUGUCUGAUUCAGCUAGCAAAGUAACAUAAAGCAGGAACAGUUAGAAUUGGGCCUAUGGUUGAGCCAAAGAAAAAUCCAUUCACGUAUUAUCAAGGGUGUCUCCUGUGUGUUUCUCAAGUUACACAGCCUUCACGAGGGCAUGUCUUAAUUACUGCCGAGCCUGAGUGGAACAGAGCGCAGGGAGCCCAGCAAAGGGCAGGUUGCCCCUGGUGAAGCUUUAUCCUGUUGUCCAUCUGUGUUAUUUUGAGCAGUUGCUGUAAGGAAAGAAGGGUGGAAAGAAAGAUGCUAGCAAACACCAGAGCAGGUUGCCACCCCUCUGGCAACUUGCCAGAGGCCAAGCAGGUCAUUGAAAUCAGUGCUGACCUUCUAGCAGAGGGACUAGAAAGGGGACUUGACCACAGCGGUUUCUUGCCCUUGAAAAAGGCUACAGAUGGGCUCCUUAUAUGGCCAGCACUCCAAGUUCCCCCUGGGCAGGCCUCAGACCUGGAACUGAGAAUCAACACUGUGGAUUAAAGUUGAAAACAAAAGCUUGAAAAAGAGGAGAGGGAAGUUACAUUAGCAGCAUGCUGUGUUACGACACCUAGCUUGCACUUUUGCUUCUAAAGGUCACUUUGGGUUGUUAGAUGUGAAGAAACCAGUGGAAAAGCUGGGGGGGUGGGGGUUAAGCUUGCUUUGGGACCACAGUGGUGGAGACAUGCCUUUUGUGAGCUGGUGGGAUCCUAAGGUUUGAUUUAUACUUGAGUACUAACUGUUCCAAAAAUUUAAAUCCAAGAGUAAGCAAAAGAGAACGUAAGGGACAGUUUUUCUUCAUCAGGAAAUCAGUUUUGCACUCCUUCCUCAAUGUGCAUGGCUGCGUCAUUCUCAGCCCAUGAGAAGCCCCCACUAUGGGUCAGGUGCACACACGUGUUUGUUCAGUGUAAACUGUUUGUGCAGUCCUGAAGCUCUCUGUUCCCAAAAUGUGUUAUCCACAGUCUCAUUUUUAACAAUAGUAUUUGGCAAAUUUGAUAUGAAGUUUAGGUCUUGAUUUACAAAUAGGAAUAGUAGCAGAUUUCACUACUGACCCUUCCUGUCACUUCACUCUCUGGUCAGUUGAUUGUCUUUCUUGAAGCAAGAUGGAAUGAUUUCAUAAACACUGAGUAAACUCCGCCAGUCCUUACAGUCAUGCUGAAAAGAAUGGACCGUGAAUAUAGUCACGUCCCUACAGUUGCCAGUAGCAAAUAUCGGUCUUCCAAAGAACCCUGGCUGUCCAGUCUUUUCUUCCCUGAAUAGAGGUAUCAUGUUGUUGUGUGCCACUGAGUCAGUUCCAAUUCGUAGCAACUCUAUAGGACAGAGUACAGCUGCCCCCGUAGGGUUUUCUAGGCAAAUCGUCCAUGUCUUUUCUCCUGCAGAGAGCUAUUGGUGGGUUUUGAACCACCAACCUUUUACGGCUGCUUAACCAUUGCACCACCAGGGUUCCUAAAGGUAUCACAGGACUAGCAAAAACUGAGACCUGUGUAAAACGAGGUCAGGGCUUCUCAAAGCUUACUUGUGUAUCAGAACCACUUGGAGAUCUUGAAAAACUGCAGUUCUGAUUAGUAGGUCUGGGGUGGGGCCUGAGAGCUUCUAACAAGCUCCCAGGUGGACACAGUGCUGCUCAUCCUUUGAGUAGCAUGGACUAGAUGUUCGUCAGGGAACAUCCAUAGCCACUUGCCUUGGUUAAAAUACUGUUAAGCUUUGGCUAAUGUUCUUUAGAGUAUUAUAUCUCACAGAACUAAAAACCAUUUAUGAAACUGCUGAUACACCCAGGGAGAGGACUUACUUUCAACCCGAUAAAGAGCCACAUGGCCACAUGAGCAGGGGUGUAAGAAUAAUAGUGUCUGGAGGCAUCAAGUGGGUAGCAUGCUAACCAAAUCCUGUUGCACUCUUGCCCAUAACAAAGCUGUGUCUAAGUCACAGCCUAAUUGGAAUUGCCAGAGCCUGUGACCUGGGAGAAGGAAGGCAGUAGGUGCUGGAAGAACAGUAGUGUGCCUCCCUGUCUAUCAGGAGGCGUUUCUGUUCUGGGGUCAGUGCCCAGGUUCCUGUUUCAGUGCCUUCCAAGCAGGGGAUCCUCCACUGGGAUUUCUUGAUGUUCCCCUAUUGAGUUUCCUGGGUGGCGCAGUUGGUUAAGUUCUUGACAACUAACUGAAAGGUUGGCAGUUUGAACCCACCCAGAGGCACCUCAGAAGACGGGCCUGGCUGUCUGCUUCCAAAAGGUCACAGCCUUGAAAACCCUAAGGAGCAGUUCUAUUCUGGAACACACGGGGGUCACCAUAAGUUGGCAACCAACAACAACUGCACGUCACAUCAACAUUUUUUCCUCCCUUCUUUGAGCGUCAGAUCUGUUUGUUUCUCCUGCACCUCAGAGGGCUCCUUUGUUGUCACGUCUCAGUAGUGAAGUGCAGCAGAUUGAAGGCUCACCUUCCCUGUUGAUGUCUCUGAAAAGGAAUUCCUUUUUUAUGAGAAUGCUGUAUAAAUGGCGCAUCAGGGGUGGUGUCAACUCUGCCCCCCAACUCUGACCUCCCCGCUGAGGUCAAGGAGAGGGCCUUCCUUUGAGCAUCAGAGAAAAGGGACUAUCAAUUGCUGUCACAUCACCAAGCCGGGUAGCCCUUCUGCUUGAUGGGAAUUAAACGCCAUGUUACGGUACCACCUCAGCCAGUACCACAACAGAAUGAUUACAUUUUGAAGUGCACUCCAAAACUCACUGCCAUCGAGUCACUCCUGACUCAUGGCGACCCUGUAGGACAGGAUAGAACUGCCCCCACAAGUUCCCAAGGCUGUAAAUCUUUCUCCCACGGAGCAGCUGGUGGGUUCAGACCAUGGACCAUUUGGUUCAAAGCUGAGCACUUUAACCACUGCGCCAACAGGGCUCCUUUGAAGUGGACAGUAGAGCUCAGAAGUAACCAUGCUCCUUCACUUGCUUUACCUUUGUUCUGCUGUUUGCUUCCUGGCAAGACGGUGAGGAUUCUGUUACCUCAUUAUGCAAAGAACUCAGGACAACAUUAAACCCUUUGGAGAAAAGCCAUUCUAAAAUUCCUUGAGAGUAGGUGGCCCUUUUGGCCCCAGUCCCCUUGCCAGGAGCUGACCAUGGCCUUGGGCGUGGCUCUCACUUAGAAUAAGGGAGGUCUGUUCAGUGCUGGGGGGACACUGAGGCACAGGGGCCUCCGGGGCUCACUUGUGUUUUGUUUUGUUUUUUACUUUGCCUCUAUUGCCCCUGGCAGUGAGGAAGGCCCUGAACUAUAAAGAAAGAGCGUUGUGGUGCUCUGCAGUCCAAGAAGGGAAUUGUGGCGGUCCCCAGCUGCAGGAUUAGGCCUUCUUACCCAGGAGCACCCACUCUCUGAAGCCUGAUGAGAGCACACCAUAAUGGUAACUGCAAGGACUGCCGACAGCACCUGGCACUCUGCUCGGCCCCCGCUGGGCGCUUAGGAAAUAUUUUAAAUGGUGAUGUCAGCAUGGACUCUGCCCUAUAAACGUUAUUAGCAAAAUAGAGGGAAAAAGAGACAGUUAGGCACCCAGAUUCCACUGUAUGGAGGUAUAUAAACCAAGCCACAGGGAACUUCAGGCUCACUGCAGAUGCUUUCAUUGUUAGGGUUCAGAAUACAGGUGACGGGAGUGCUGAGGUACAGCAGGGACAGCCUGCAGAGAGCGUAGCACCAGACCAGAGAGGCCAGACCUGAGGGGCUGUGUUUUCUCAUUUAACCCUUGCACUGCUCUGGCGAGCUUUGAAGAGUAAGUUGUGGAGAAGAGGCCAUCCAGCUCGCCCAGGUUACACAGCAGUGACACAACUGAGACACUGAAACCCGGGUUGUCCAAAUCGCCAGUGCUCUGCUCUUUCCGCCACCUCGUGCUGACUAUGUUCUUGUCAGAGGAGUUGUGGGCAGCAGGUGGGAGAGCGAGUAAGCUUUAAAAUAAAAACGGAAGGAAAUCCACUGGGACUUUCCAGUUACCAGCCCAGAAGUGCACCCAAAACCCCAGCUCAGAAACCAUUACUUAAAAAAAAAAAAAAAAGCAGUAUCUGAAAACUGACUUCCUGUAAGUCGUUUUUAUCUCCAGCCUGUUCCCUAAGAGUGGCAAGUAAUAAAAUCUUUGCAACAAAACAUGUCUGUAUGUCUUUCUCAGGGACAGCAAGGAAAAGGAAGCUAGAGCAACUGCACUGCUGUGAGGGGCCCGAGAAAGAGGAGUAGAGGCCACUUUGAAGGGAAAGGCAGGCCCACGGUGGCUCAUCUUGCUUCAGAAAGGCCAGUCUGGAAGGAGAGGAGAAAUGCCACCAGAGAAAGAGCAGGAUUGGAGGGGUGGGGGCCUCAAGAAGAUAGGAGCAGGUGAAGCACACGCAUAGGGGACAGAUGUCACCAAGAGGACGCGCAGGUGCAGAAAGCAGCCACUGUGGGGAGAUGGCGUGAAGAACGUUCCCUCCCCAUCCAGCUUAUUACUCUCCUUCGGUGUUUGCCUCCUCUGCCUUCUUCCACGGACCUGUUCUCCUGCUCCCUAGUUGUCUAGAAACCAUUAUCCAGUCUCAGUAUCAAAUGUGGUCGUGUGAAAUAAAACCGUCAGUUUUAUAACUAUACGGAAGCUGUGUUCUUCUAUACAUACCCUUUCAAGCAUGAAUAAACUUGUUACCAUUUAAUCAAUUCCCACUCAUAGCAACCCCACAUGUUACAGAGUGGAAGUGCUCCAUAGAGAUUUCUUGGCAGUAAUCCUUACGGAAGGAGAUCACCAGGCCCUUCUUCCAUGGUGCCGCUGCGUGGGUUUGAACCACCAGCCUUUAGGUUGGUAGUCAAACACAAACCCUUUGCACCACAAAUACCUGCCUUAAACCCUUUAGUGACUCGUGGGAUGUACUGUAUCCCAACCACUUUUUACGCCCCUGGAAUUCUUUGUGAAGGCAAGUCAGCUGAUUUUAAGGCAUUUUAGCCUCAAGGUGGGAUCCUUUUGAAAUGCGCGAAACUCAAGAACCCAGAGUUGGAGCUUCAUUAUUGUAUGGAAUGAGCAGUGUGUUAGGUGAUGGCUCCUGGGUAUGUGAAUUUGGGAAACUUCUGAUUGGUUUGCCUUUAUUUUUGUGAGAAUAGCCUCCUCGCUAUGCUCUCAGUUACUGUGUUCUCUUGAGAACUUACUUAUCGCAAGAAUAUAGGGUCACUGUGAGCCAGAAUCGACUUGACAGCAACAGGCUUUUUUUUUUCUUUUUAAGUCUUCAUUCAGUCGUAGUGGCGUUUUCUGCCUGAUGCCAUUUGCUGUUUCCAAGUUGUCACUGGCUCCUUGCUCUGCUUUUGAGUUUUGCUCUGCGGUCUUUCAGGAUUGCUUUUCUAGCUCCUGAACCGUAAAUAAUGCUUUUGCAACAAGGAAUAGUGCAUUGCAGUGGUACUUCUCAGGAGGCUCAAACUCCUGUAAGUUAUUCUUACCCCGCAUUCAAUCUCGUUAGGUGCCGUCAGGUCGGUUCCGGCUCAUAGCGACCCCACGUAUGACAGGACAAAACAUCACGCCAUGCAGCACCGUCCUCACAAUUGUUACGCCUGAGCCCAGUGUGCUGCCACUGUCAGUCCAUCUUGUUGAGGGUCUUCCUCUUUUCUACAAUGGGUGUUUGCAUCUAUUUUUCUCACUUUGAAUUGUGCAACAUCAGCAAAUACAGGUCCUGAAAGCUUGACUCCAUCCACAUCAUUAAGGCUCAUCUCUCCUUUGAGGAGGCAGCUCAGUCUUAGAGGCCAGUCAUUGCUUCCGCAUGUAGCAGGUGUAAAACGUCACCGUGAGCAGGUCUGCAAUAUUCCAGGGCAGCUGUUU